AUGAACAAAAAACUAUUCACUCCCGUUAUUAAAAAAACACUAUGGUUUGUGAAGUUAACUCCAAAAAAAAUCCCUUUGUCUUACACCCCUGAUGUCUGUCUGUUUCUUCGUUACGUCACCGAUACUGAUACUCUGACCCAUAGAGCGACAGCUUAUCGGUUUGAGAUUCUGGUCGAGUUAAUUCUCAUGGGUAAUGUAUUUGUAAAGAAACCGAAGAUCACUGAAGUUGAUCGAGCAAUUCUUUCUCUGAAAACCCAGAGGCGUAAGCUUGCCCAAUAUCAGCAACAGCUUGAGAAAGUGAUUGAAGCUGAAAAACAAGCAGCAAAAGAUUUACUCCGUGAAAAGAAGAAAGAAAGAGCUUUGUUAGCCUUAAGGAAGAAGAAAGUACAAGAAGAUUUACUCAAACAAGUGGAUACAUGGCUUAUAAAUGUUGAACAACAAUUGGCAGAUAUUGAACUAGCAAGCAAGCAGAAGGCAGUUUUUGAGAGUUUAAAAGCAGGAAAUAACGCAAUGAAAGCAAUCCAAGGUGAAAUUAAUUUAGAUGAUGUUCAAAAACUCAUGGAUGAUACAGCUGAAGCCAAAGCAUACCAAGAUGAAAUUAAUGCGAUUUUGGGAGAGAAGUUGUCAGCUGAGGAUGAAGAGGAUAUUUUAGCUGAGUUUGAUAACUUGGAAGCUCAGAUGACAAUUCAAGAUUUGCCAGAAGCUCCUGUUGCUGAGUCAUCUUCUACAAAAGAUGAAGAUGAGUUGGAUCUACCUGAUGUUCCUACAAAAGCACCUGAGAUUGUUGCUGAUAAAUCUCAACCUGCAAAAACAAAAGUUAUGGAGGAGCCUCUAGCGGCAUGAGGCGUUGACCACAAGAAUAUUUGGUCAAAUGUGAUGAUAUUUUGAUGCUGUUUAUCUAUACAUUCUUUUUAUUUGAAAUUUAAAUGGAUGCAAGGAUUAGUUGCAAUUCUGUCUUGAAGUAAAUUGUACAGUUUUAUGUGUUUAUAUGAAGCUAAAAAGUGAUAUAUUAUUAUUCAUAAAAUAUUAAACAACUGAUUUUACAUUUGUAAUAAUGAAGAAAUAAAGGAAUUUGUGUACUCG